CCCUUGCAGCUGACGUGAGCGGGGAACUGUCCCGUCAUGCCUCGCGAAGUCAAAUAAGAAACGUCAUUGUAAACAACAGUGCGUUUCGAAAGUAAUUUACAUCUACACGCUUCCUCACUCGAUAUUGGCAUGAGCUGAUCUGAGCACAUUGUAAGUUAGGUAAUGUUGAAUAGGUACGUUAAUUAGUGGGAAACUAGUUUGUUUCAGUUAGCAGCUCCCUUCUACCAGGCAUAUCAUUUUUGGCUAGCUAAGCUAACUUUACAACCCACCCAAGCUAACCAAUUGUUUUACAAUGUGAAAUGUAGAGUUAAAUAUUUGAUUGAAUUAGCUUGGCAAGCUACUUAUUGUUUAUUAAGAUAAACGCAAGAUAACGUUUUCAAUUUGUUCAAUUUGUUGGCUAUUUCCCCUUUGGCAUCUUUCUUAAUUAUUAGUGUGCAUUCUGACUUCUCCGUCUCUAUGUUAUGUAUGUCCCUUCCUUGCAUGAUAAGAGUGUCUGAUUUCUAUUGUUAACACCUGACCAGAUGCAUGAUUAUCCCCCAACCCCCAAAUGCUCUACACUGAGUGAAUGCUUGCCCCUGAGCCAGUGGAAUGAGACAGGGGAACUUGGAAGCGAGAUGGCAGUUAACACAAUGAAACAGGAACUGAAAUCAAAGAGCUCUGUGAGUAGGUGGCUUGCUGAGACAAAUCAGAUUGGCUAUUUAAAUACAAAAGCUUUUUGCGAGAGACCAUUUGGGGAUGUUUUAGAGGCAAUACAGACUGGUGGAAUUGAAAAGUAUAACGAUAGACAUCUACUGUAGUUAUCUUUCAUCGGUAACAUCUCGUGCUGUAUUGACAGCUGGUCAAAAUCUUGCAGAUUGUUCCUCCAGGAUGAGAUCCAUAGUGUCUUUCUAUUUCUGCUACCUGCUGUGCCUGUGCCUUGGGAUUGCCUGCAUAGUGUUGGUGACUACCUGGAACUCCAAGUGGCGUGGUGGUUUUGCCUGGGAUGGCUCGUCUCUUCAGUUCAACUGGCACCCUGUCCUGAUGGUCACAGGUCUGGUCGUGCUGUAUGGCAAUGGAGCAGUGCUAUACCGUGUUCCCCUCACCUGGGGGCAGAAUAAGCUGCCGUGGAAGCUGUUGCAUGCUGGGGUCAUGCUCCUGGCUCUGAUCUGCUCUGUCCUAGGCCUCUGUGCUGUGUUUGAUUUCCACAACGCUAACAAGACUCAGAAUCUCUACUCCUUGCACAGUUGGAUUGGCAUUUGCACUACAGCACUCUUCACCCUCCAGUGGGUGCUGGGCCUGGCUGGUUUCCUCCUGCCCUGCUCACCCAUGUCAUUCCGCAAGCUGCUGAAACCUGCUCAUGUGUGGAUGGGAGGCAGCAUACUGAUACUCAGCGUAGUGUCCUGCAUCUCAGGGAUUAAUGAGAAACUCUUCUUUGCACUAAAAGGAACCACCAAUGGGACACAGCCAUAUGCCAACCUGCCACCUGAGGCCUUGGUAGCUAACUCAUUCGGAGUUUUGAUCGUACUUUUUGGAUUGGUGAUCCUGAAGAUUCUGUCGAAUCCGCAUUGGCAGCGACAAGAAGCUAGUGAGGACGUGAGUUACAGUCCACUGCUUCAAGACGACAACUAAUAGAAGAAAGGGAGGAGGCUUCAAUCCUGCGUUCAGCCGCUAAACACUCUACAAGCUAUCCAUCCCUGUUAGCAGCCUUUGAGUUCAAUGUUGCCUUAAUCAAAUGCUGAGAUUGUACAAGCCACGGUUUUAAAAAUCUUAAGCAAUAAUACAGUAUAUGUCUUGACAAGAUGUACAUAUUUAUUAAAGUGUAGUUUUGACAUUUCUGCGUAAUAAACCAAAGAUUUC